AUGUUUGUGGGAUUUAGUUCAAGAUGCCAAUUGCGCAGGAGACUGGAAGCGUUUGAGAGAAUACGAAACUAUUCAACCGACCAGUGUAGCCUCUCAUCAUUCUAUCCACUGAACCCAAAUGCAUCCACGCUAAAGCAUAUUCACUUCAGAGGUGUUUUACCGUACGCUGUUGGCGACAAAAUACAGGAGCUUAUCGUUUCGCGAUUUCUACAGUCGAAAAAAUACAAAAUUUUGUCUCAGAAUCCCAGGAAGCGCGAAGGACUUGGAGAAGCUCCAGUGAAGCCUCAUCCGGUUGUUCUCUCUUUCGAGUUCGAACCCACAUAUACAGGCGGAAAAAGAGAAAAGCUGUCCGGGUCUCACGAUUACAAAAAGCUCAAAAACGUGGACUUUGUUCAAACUGACAGGGGUGGCCAGGUGACCUUCCACGGACCUGGCCAGGCUGUGCUGUAUCCAUUAUUGGAUCUGACUGAUUUCCACAAGCUCACCUCUAAGUGCUACAUAUCGACGUUGGAGAAGACCAUUGCAAGUGUACUAAAAAACAGCUAUGGACUGGAUGCAUUGACAAAUGAGAACACCGGCGUUUGGGUCCAAGGACAAGGCCCCCAGAAGAAGAUCUCCUCCAUUGGAGUCAACGUGCGGAGGUCUAUCACAUCCCAUGGAGUUUCCAUAAACUGCAGAACUGAUUUAUCGUAUGUCAACGAUCCCAGAAUUGUGAUGUGCGGCCUGGAAAAUGCUCAACAAACAUCAAUAGAGCAAGAAGGCGGAAAGUUUGACAAUAUAGAGUCCAUUUCAAAGCAGGUUGUUGGUGAAUUUGCCGGUAGACUGAGAAUUCCUAAUGUUGAGUUCCUGGUUGUUGAGAACGCUGCUGAAUUGUUUGAGACGUGGGAGAAAAAAGCUUCAAUCGAGGCGUUCGAUUGA